UCAACAACAAUCAGCUGUUGGUAAACAAUACUGUUUUGCUAAAAAAAAUGGAAAAGUGCUAGGUAUUAAGGGUCAAUGAUUAUGUCGUCCCUCUUGGAACGUUGUCCUGGACAAUAUUGUGGUCGUAUUCAACUGGAAAAUGGCUGGAGCGAUUGCGGACCCUGCCCGCGCGGCUAUCGAGUUAAUGAAAGUUAUGCAUGUACACGAUGUGAAGAUGAGUUAGACUCGUAUUCAUGGUUUUACUUGGGAUUUAUGGCAAUGCUGCCUCUAAUGAUGCAUUGUUUCUUUAUUGAUUUAGAUGCCAAGGACAGAAAAUUUUCUCGUAAACAAUUGAUCUUAACCGCCUGUGCAUUGAUUGAAGUUACCAUUUCGGCUAUUGUAUGCAUCUUGCUGGUGGAACCUUUGGGGGAAUUUCGUUUAUUUUCGUGUCCAGUUCGCAAAUUUUCGGACUGGUAUACACUUUUCUACAAUCCCACACCGAAUUACGAAAAAUCGUUACAUUGUACCCAGGAAGCUGUAUAUCCAUUGCAAACCAUUGUUUUGGUUUUCUACUUUCUUUGUUUUGUUGCAAUGUUCGUUACACGUCCCAUGGUCAAUACAUUGCUGGAGGUGAGAGGUAAAGCACCAAUCUAUGCUGCACUUUACUUUUUGCCCUUGUUAGUUUUUAUUCAUGCCCUGGCCUGUGGUCUUAUAUAUUAUGCUUUCCCAUAUAUGAGUAUAGCCAUAUCUAUGAUUUCGAAUGCUAUACACUACUCCAUGAAAUUGGAUCAAUCGUUUAAAGCGUUGGUUAAGUCUUCUUUAAUGGAAAUAAAAAAUUUUGUUAUCAUAUGCAUUCAAUGGCUUCUUUUAGCAUAUGGUAUUAUAGCCCUAGGACACCAUUACGCACUUCUCUUUUUGGUGCCUUUUCCUUCAAUAUUUUAUAUAUUUACCGUACGUUUCACAGAUCCAGCCGAGUUUAGAGAGGUUGAGUCGCGAGCUAAUUAAAACUGAAAAAUCAAACAAAAACUGAGACACAGGAGAAAAAAAAAACAAC